UGGAUUUAGGGGGGAGGGGAAAAGCCAUGGGGGACACCCCCCCGGAACCCCUUUCCCAGGCGCGCGCUCUCCGCUGGAAGAGGCGCAGAGAGACGCUUUGCCCGGGAUAAGUGUUGGGGAGGCUGGUUGGGGGGCGCAUCCGGCCCUAACGCCCGAGGCUCAGAAAAGAGAGAGUUGGCGGAGGGAGCGGACUCCGUGCCGGGCCAUGGCCUAGGCCCUUCGGCCCCGGCCCGGGCUGCAAUGACCUCUUUGCCCUGCCCCCACCCUGGCCCGGACGCCUCCAAAGCCAUCUUCCCGGACAUCGCCCCCGUCCCAUCGGUAGUGGCUGCGUACCAGGUUGGCCUGUCCCCCGCAACCGCAGCCGCCUCCGAUUUGCCCUAUUCUGGGCCGUAUGGCCACCUCCUAUCCUAUUCCUACGCCGGACCGGCGACCCCCGGAGACUCCUACCUGCCCUGCCAGCAACCCGCGGCAUCGUCUCAGCAGUCUCAAGAGCAGGAGGCAGACUCUGAGAAGCCGCUGCUGUCCCUGGAGCCCUCGGAGGGGCGCUCGCAAGCCCCGACCAAGAAGCUCCGCAAGCCUAGGACCAUCUACUCGAAUCUGCAGCUGCAGCACCUGAACCAGCGUUUCCAGCACACGCAGUACCUGGCGCUGCCCGAGAGGGCCCAGCUGGCCGCGCAGCUCGGCCUCACCCAGACGCAGGUAAAGAUCUGGUUUCAGAACAAACGCUCCAAGUACAAGAAGCUCCUGAAGCAGAACUCUGGGGGACAGGAAGGGGACUUUCCAAGGAGGUCCCCCUCCCUCUCUCCCUGCUCCCCACCCCUUGCAGCCCUCUGGGAUCUACCCAAGGCGGGGGCCCUGCCCACUGGUGGCUAUGGCAACAGCUUUGGAGCCUGGUAUCAGCAUCACUCCCCAGAUGUCCUGGCUCCACCUCAGAUGAUGUGAGUUUGGCAAAGAGCAGGUCAGGCCCCCAGCCCUCCUACAAAGCCCAGGCAGGACCCAGCCCACCUGCACCCCUUCUGGACCAGAAAAAGCCAGCUCCAGAUGGGUUUUCUCAGGAUGAGGAGCUAGAGGAGGGAAAGGAUGAGGUGGCGAGUCCUCUCCUUGCCUCCUAAUCCAAACAGCCUUGGCCAUUGCCCCCAUCAUCGCCACCGCCACCGCCACUGCCACCGCUGCUGCCGCCGCCACCACCACCACGGACUGGACACCUUCCUCCCAGCCAGUCAAAGGCUCUGGAGAGAGACUCACUGGCUGGGCUUCAGACUGUUCCCAGGAUCCCUAGUCUUGCCACCCCUUCCUUGAAAGAACAGCCAUCCCACCACAGCCUGGGGUCCAACCAGCCAACAGACACUGAGCGUUUUUUUCUCCAUGUGCCUUGGGCCUGGCCCACCCCAUUGACAAGUAAAAGCAGAAGCGAAGAGGACAUCCAGAGUCUUCCAGCUGAUCGCCAUCAAGCCCCACCCACUUUUGUUUCUCACAACUGAUGCACCUGUUCGCCAUGCUCUGAGGUAGACGGGACACCCAAAAUGAGGAGUUUUGUGGACCUAAGGGGGAUUUUUGCUCUCUUCCUAAAAAAGCCCCUUUUCCCCGUGUCUUCCCACAUUGGAUAAUGGAUCCAAUUAUCCAUCUGAUUCAACACGUAUUUAUUAAGAGUCGAGUCCUCAUACCUAACAAACCCACAUGCACACACUCUUGAGAACCCAGUAGGGUAACCCUUUGGGGAGAGUGCGGACACACAGGCUCUCUGGGUAACUGUAGGUAGAGAGGGCCCCAAAGAAGUGGGGUGGGCCCAGAAAUUCUGCUCCUCAUAGCUGUCUCUGUCCAGAGGAACUACUCAUAUUUAUAACCAACCUGACUAGCAGCCCCCCAAGCUCUUACCACCCCCCCAUAUCAUGAGCAUCUUGAUAUUAAAGUUUGUACAGAAACCUGG